AUGUUAUUGCUUCCAUUGGAUGCUAACGAUGAAAUUAAAAAUAAAAAUUUUAAUAAAUUACAAAAUACCAAUAUAAAAAGUGUCAGUGAAACUUUUGAAAUUCAUAAAAGUUUUGUUGAUUCUAAUAUAUCGAUUAAAAAAUUCAUUCCAAAUAAUGAGAACAAGGAAUCUUUUCACAAUGCAAUUCGACCGAUUCUUAUGAUUUCUCAAGUGUUUGGAAUCCUUCCAGUUUCAGGACUGUCUGAUUCAUCAUCAGACAAAUUGACAUUCAAAAUUAAAUCAUUCAGAGGAUUUUAUACUUUAACAGUUAUUUUUAUGUUGAUUAUUCUUGUGUAUUGUUCGACUGUUCAUGGCAUUGAAAAUGUCAGAAUGACUUCAAGUUUAAAUAAAAAAAGUUCAAUAAUAAGUGUAACAGCUGCAGCUGCUUUUUAUGGAUGUACUAUUUUCGAAAUCAUAAUUUUUCUAUGGAUGUCACCUCAUUGGGUUAAACUCAAUCGUAAAUGGAAAGCAAUGGAAAAACAACUGGACAGAUCAAAUAAUAUUUUCAACCACAAUCCUCCAAAAUUGAGAUGCAAAUUCAUGACAAUUUCAUUGAUAUUAUUUUUCUUUGCUAUUAUUGAACAAAUUAUUUGGAUUAUCAAUAUGAUUUCAAGUCAACCUGUUACUGAUUAUUUCAGUGCAACUUGGCAAGAAUGUUUUAAAAUUCUUCAUUCACAAUCAGAUAUAUUUACACUUGAAAAUUUUGACUUUAAUCUCUGGGGAAAUAUUUUCUUGUUCAUUGUGAGUAACUAUGCAACAUUCAUUUGGAAUUUCAGUGAUUUAUUUGUCAUGCUGGUGGCAACAGGACUUGCAGAGAGAUAUAAAUCAUUAAAUUAUGAAACAAUUAAUUUAAUUGAAAAAAGUCAUUGUACAAUUCAUUGGAGUCGUCUCAGAGAAAAUUAUUGUUCGUUAAGUUGGCUUGUCAAACAAACAGAUGAGCUUAUUUCUCCAUUAAUUUUAAUAUCGCUCGGUCAUAAUCUUUAUUUCUCUUGUCUUCAAUUGUCCUAUGGGCUAUCAAUAAAUACAAAUGUAGAUUUAAGUGCAGUAUUUCCAUUUAUUACAUUUGCAUUUGUAUUGGGACGAACGAUGGCUGUUACAUUUUUAACAGCGAGAAUUCAUGAUCACAGCAGAGAAGCAUUACCAGCUGUUUAUUCUUGUUCAUCAUCCUACUUUACAAUUGAAAUUCAACGUCUACAACAACAAUUAACAUCUGAUGAAAUAUCACUAACUGGAAUGAAAUUUUUUUCCAUCACUCGAAGUUUUAUUUUGACUAUUGCUGGUGCUAUUGUUACUUAUGAAAUUAUUUUAUUGCAAAUGAAUAUUGCUAGAAAAUAA